AGCUGGCAUUGUUUGAUAUAUAAUUCUGAUACAAAAUGAUGAAAUUUAAAAUUACAACUGAACAAGAUAUACGCGAGGCUGCGGCUAUUGAGAGGAGGCGUCAAAAUGAGGAAGAGCGUAAAGCACGAAUCUUCAAUGCGAAGCAGAGAAUUCUUGGGCUCGACUAUCCAGCCUUGGAGAGGCAGAUUGCAGAGAAAAAUAAACAGAAACAAAUAGAUGCGGAAAAGGAGAGGCGAUACCUAGCCGAGGAGGAACGUAGAAUGGAAUUGAUUAAGUGUAAAGAGAACCAAUUAGAGGAGGAACGCAAGAAACGGGAUGCUGAAAUCAACUUCUACCGUGCCAAAUUUCAGCGUAGAGAAAACAGGCGCGAGUAUGAUUUGAACGACCCCUUCGCCUACAGGAACGCUCAGCCGGCUCGGAUUGCAGAUGAUGACCCACGUUUGGGAAUUUCCAGUGCACAAAUAUUUUCCGGGGAGGAUUUAUUGAACGAAGAGCGAAGGAAGAAUCAAAGGAACCAACAACGUGCUUGGCUUGAGCAACAAAUACAUGAAAGAAGACAAGCUGAGGAGAAUAAGCUGAAAGCCGAUAGAUUACUGCAAGAGGCCUUAGUGGCAAGGGAUCAACGAGCUAUAGAAUUGGAUUCGUCUGAGAGGAAUAAUCGCAAGAAAAUGCAGGAGGCUAUCAGGGAGUAUAAUAGAAACUUGGCAUUGCAACAGCAACAAAGGAAGGCAGUUGAGAAACAACAGGAGGAGGAAGACAACUUGGCAGAAAUCUAUAAUGUGCUGACGAGUGACAUGUUAACUGAGAAUCCUGACGUUGCAAACAGUUGUUUGGGACCUGGCAAGAAAGUAGCCUACCUCUAUCGCGGUAUGACUCCGGAGGAACUUGAGCAGUUCAGGCGGGAGCAGAAAAUUCAAGCUGAAGAAAAAGCGAAAAUGAAAGCAGAAGAAGUUGCUAAAGAUGGAAAGUGGGAUCAGUUCACAAGGAACAUAACUAGGAGCUUGAUUCUAAAGGAAUUAGAGGUGGAUAAAAGGGCCAAAGCGGAGGUUGCUGAAUUGCAUAGACAAAACUUUCUGCUGGCUACCGAACAGAAAGCCAGAAAAGAGGAGCUUGAGAAGUUUACUGCAGCUUCUGAUGAAUUCUACGCGCAGUUUAACAAGUCGACAAGAUAAGAUAAAUUCGAUGAACUUUUUCUACUUAUAUCAGUAAAUCAUACCUACGUAUAUACUUAUAUUUGUAGUCACUUCACUUUCAAGUAGUUGGGUCGGACUAUUUUGAUAUAGCGUUAUAAUUGCAAUAAA